AUGCUUGACUUGUUGAAAAAGGCGUUCUGCUGCCAGUCGACGAAACGUGAAUCACCGCUCUCUGCGUACAGCCUCGAAUCGACUAGACGCCCAGAGAACGCCAUUGCUGAGCCACCCACCGUGUUUGCGGAGUCCGCUCACGAACGAGGCUGGCCAGAGUUGGCGCCCGAUGCCCCAUUGCGAUGGCAAGCAGUCAUCCGUCGACUUCCUGAACAAGGUAAUGGAAUCGAAAUCGUGAACGAGUCAAAAGACGUAGAGCCACCCGAGAGCGCCUACAACUCCCCUAGAUUGGGUCUAGACGAUCUCUAUCUAGACCUC